UGCAUCUAAGCGCGGGAUUUAAUCCGAAAUUAAGUUAUUUGUUAUUAGGGUAAAAUGCUAUGAAUAUGAUUUCUGAAGUAUCGACUAGGCUGCAUAUUAUAGUUCAUAAAUGAUAAUUUAUUGUACUUUGAAUACGGUUUUUAAAUAAGUAUCAGUACGCUUAGAAAUUAUUUUUAGUUAUGUCCUGUUCUGUUUUCGAUAAAGAUCAUUUUAUGCAAGUGAAUGAUCUUCCUAUAAAUCCUAGUUUAAUUGAUAAACUGCGUAAAGCUGAAUUACAUUCACUGAAGAAAAUCCUUCACCUUUGUGUAGUUGAACUCCAGCAAGCUAUUAAAGUUACAGCUUCUGAAGCCAGUACUGUCCUUGAAGCAGCUUCUAGAGUUGUUCUUGAAAGUGAAUGUAGCACUGCAUACAGUCUUCUUAAUAAUGAAAAGUUACAGAGACAAAGACUAUGUCUACAGUUUUUACAAACUGAUUAUGUGAUAUAUACUGGCACUAUAACAGAAAUAUGUGGAGAAAGUGGAAGUGGAAAAACGCAGUUAUGCCUGCAUUUGAGUAUAUAUGCUCAGCUUCCUCAUCAUCUAGGAGGCCUCAAUUCUGAGGUGUUAUACAUUCAUUCAGAAGGAGAUUUUCCAAUUAAGAGAUUUAUACAGUUGGCAAAAGCUGUUCAAAAACAGCAUGCUUCAUCUAAAAUCAAAAAUGUAACUGAUGGUCUUAUAUUGAAAAAGGUGCAUAAUAUUAAUGAAAUGAUGCAUGUUCUACAACAAAGUUUGCCAAACCUAUUACAGAAAGGAAAAAGGCCUAAAUUAAUCAUAAUUGACUCCGUGGCUGCUCUCUUACGAAGCGAGUAUGAGAACUCAAGCGUAAGAACACAAUUAAUACAAAAAUUUGCCAGUGAGAUAUGGAAAUUGGCAAAUUAUUACCGAAUGGCAGUUGUAUGUAUAAAUCAGGUCAGUGGAUAUAAACAAAACAAUUUAAAUGUUGGUUCCCUCACAGCUUUAGAUAUUCCAUCUUUAGGAUUGUUGUGGUCUAAUAUCUUAACCACUCGAUGCAUAUUAUCUAGACAAACUUCAUCUGUUGAACAAGUAAUACGUAUUCUUGAGUUAGUCUAUUCAUCUUAUCACCAAAAUAUAUUAGUUAAUUUUAAAAUCACUACAAACGGUAUUGAAAUUAUUUAAAAAUAUCGAAAUUCAAUGAUUUUUCAGAAUAUUUUUCAAGUAAAUGUUUAUGAAGCCAGCACCUAUUUUACUAUGCAUGAAUCCUACAUAUCAUGGAAUUAUAAAAAGUACUUUAUAUAUAUUUUUGUGAACUAGCAUGCAUAAUUAUGAUGUGAAAAUUAAGUAAGGAGACAGUAAAUAAAAACUGAUCCAAAGAAUAAUAUGGAAAACUCAUGGUUUAUGCUAUAACACUGAUAAUCAAAGAAGCAGUCAUAACUCUGAAUGAAAUUAUAUUUAUUAAGUGUACAUAUGACACUUAAGGGUGCAGAAAUCUUAUCAGACAAUUGAAAGGUGCCCAUUGUAAUACGUGCUAUCCAAGCAACAAUUUCAUAUAAGGACUGAAAAAUGAAAUCACCAGACUGAGAGAAAUGAGUUGUAGUAAUAUAUUGAUAACAGAAAUACCCUUGUCCUUUGUGAAAUUUCAGCUCAUUUUUUUUUUAUAAUUGGACAGACAAUCAGAUUUAUUACGUGUCCCUUGAAUUUUUUCACAAUAGCUCGGCAUUCAUUUUAUCGUUUGCACAAUAUAUAGUGUAGUUAAUGUCAAAAUAAUUCACUCUAUAAAUUAUAUUUAAAGUAAUAUGUUUUUAACUAUAUUUUAAUAUUCAGUUUAAAUCUAUUUGGUAUAUUAAAUGAUAUAUUUAAAUAUCUUGUGUUAUUAUUUUAUGAACUUCCUGAAUUCUCUAAGCAGCAUGGUUUUUUGAAUCUGCUCAUGAAAGAGCUGUAUUUAAGCACAAUUUAUUGGCUAGAUUUAUAAUAUGACUAUAACUUUGUUUUCAUAACUUUCCAUUCAUUAGGAUAAUAUGUAGGUCAUUGCAGAAAAUAAAAUUAAAGUAACGAGGUGAUAUAAUGUGACAAUAAAUCUUAAGACUGGAUAAAAGCGGUAAUGCCAUUGUUAAGGAACUGUUGAUAUUUUAUUCAACGGUUAAGGAAAAUUAUUGAUAUUUUAUUCAGUUCUUUAAUUAAUAAAACCUCAUAUCUUCUUUCAUCAUAUUUCUUCAGCCUCAUGAAAAUAAAUAGAAAAACACAUUGUGAUAACUUAUUUUUUUCGGGAACUAUUAAUGGGCAGAAUGCAGUUCAUAAAUCUGUAGCAACAGCACUAAAAUUUAGUAUUAAUGAUUUUCAAUAUAUGUGCCCAUUUUCCUUCCCUCAUUAGUAACUAGAUUAAGAUAAAGUGUUUUAAUAUGGACAUGUGGACCAGACAAUACAGUUGCACGAAAAAGAAUUAUUUUUCCAUAAGCAUAUCACUUAUGCUUAAAUUAGUCAUGUAACAUUUUAUUACUUUGCAUAAAUUACUUGACUAAUUUAUACAGUUAGAUUCAAUCCUACUUACAGUUGAGAUUGCAAGCAGGUAUUAUUGAACUGUGCCAUAGUGGUUUGUUUCUACGUUAAUUUCCAUUUGGCUCCAGUCCAUUCUGGACCAAAUUUCAAUUAUCAGUGGCAUCUUCUUAAUUUCACUCGCAAAAUCUAGUUUGAAUUCAAAAUCUCAUCUUUGUUCUAUUUAUCUUAGAAUCUUCAACAAUUAUCAUGUAUUCUCAGUUUUGGGUAUUAUUAAGUAUGGUCUCAGUUUUUCAAAAUUUUAUACAGAAUAACUUUUUAUAUUAAUUAUAAAAUGUAUUUAAAAUAUAUUUAUUUAUAUUUUUACACAGUAUGUAUAUACAGUUUGUUUUUAAAUAUAUAUUGAAAUUUUAUAAUCCAUUUCUUAUUCCUGUAAAUUAUGAUAGUUGAAAUACUGUGUAUAAAUCUGUAGUUCAAACAAAGCAGUUUUUCAAGUGUUUUAAAACAUGUCAGUUACUAUUCACAAUAUAUACAAUUUAUUUUUAAAUUAUAUUUGAAAUUUAGUAAUUAAUUUAUUUAUGAUAGUUGAAAUACUUUGCAUAAAUACACAAUUUAAACAGUUUUUUGAGUAUUAAAAAGUCAUUACAUGUGCACUUUACUUUUGCCAUAAUGAAUUUCCACUGUAUGCUUUUGAAUUGCAAUUAUUUGUUCUUCCUUCUACAAAAUAUAAAAGUCAAUUCAUUUGGUAUUAAAAAAAAGUGUAUCAGUUUUUCAUAAUGUUAAAUGUUAAACUGAUUAUGACACAUA